GAGCAGUACGUCUUCAUCCAUGACGCCAUCUUAGAGGCGUGUCUCUGUGGUGACACUGCGAUUCCAGCCAAUCAGCUGCGGUCGGUUUACUACGACAUGAACCGAUUGGAUCCUCAGACCAACUCCAGUCAGAUCAAAGAGGAGUUCAGGACUCUGAACAUGGUCACGCCCACGCUGCGGGUGGAGGACUGCAGCAUCGCUCUUUUGCCUAGAAACCAUGAGAAGAACCGCUGCAUGGACGUGUUGCCUCCGGACCGCUGCCUGCCGUUCCUCAUCACCAUCGACGGAGAGAGCUCCAACUACAUCAACGCUGCGCUGAUGGACAGCUACAAGCAGCCGUCAGCGUUUAUCGUUACCCAGCAUCCUUUGCCCAACACAGUGAAGGACUUCUGGCGUCUGGUCCUGGACUACCACUGCACGUCUAUCGUCAUGCUGAACGACGUCGACCCUGCACAGCUGUGUCCUCAGUACUGGCCGGAGAACGGCCUCCAUCGCCUCGGCUCCUUGCAGGUGGAGUUUGUCUCCGCAGAUCUGGAAGAGGACGUCAUCAGCCGAAUUUUCAGGAUCUACAACACAGCAAGGCCGCAGGACGGGUACCGCAUGGUGCAGCAGUUCCAGUUCCUGGGCUGGCCCAUGUACCGGGACACGCCCGUCUCCAAGCGCUCCUUCCUCAAACUGGUCCACCAGGUGGACAAAUGGCAGGAGGAGUACGACGGAGGAGAGGGGCGCACCGUGGUGCACUGCCUGAACGGGGGAGGUCGCAGCGGCGUGUUCUGCAGCAUCAGUAUUGUGUGUGAGAUGUUGCGACAGCAGCGCUGCGUCGACGUGUUUCACGCCGUUAAAACUCUGAGAAACAACAAACCCAACAUGGUGGACCUGCUGGAACAGUAUAAGUUCUGCUAUGAAGUUGCUCUGGAGUAUCUCAACUCUGCUUAGCCUCAUCCAGAGACACUCGUCCUCCUCCUCCUCCCUCAGAGAGGAAGCUGCACACAGACGGGAGGAAGAGGAGGCAGAGGGGUCCACUACUGACUGAAGGUGAGGAG